UGACUCGCUGGUCGUCGGCUCGGCGGAGUCGUGUGCCCGGCGUGCCCCGGACAUGCUCUGGCGCCUCCCAGCGAGCACGCUUCUGCCGCCGCUGCCCGCGCCGCCCGCCCCCUCGAUCGCGUCCCUCGCCGCCUCCCUCCCCUCUCCGGCCUCCGCCGUCGCCGCGUCCCCCCCCCCCUCCCGGACCCGCGAAUUUCCCGCAGAUCCGCCGGGGAUGUCGUCGUCCGCUUCCAGCGCCGAGGGGUACCCCGCCGCAGGCGGCGACUUCACGGAGGUCGUGAUCGUGCGGCACGGGGAGACGUCAUGGAACGCCUCGCGCAUCAUACAGGGACACAUGGAUGCAGAGCUGAAUGAUAUUGGAAGGCAGCAAGCUGUCGCGGUCGCCCAUCGGCUUUCUAGAGAAGUGAAAGCAGCUGCUAUAUACUCAUCUGAUCUAAAGCGAGCAGCAGAGACUGCCCAAACAAUUGCAAGAAUCUGCAAUCUACCAAAUGUUUUGUUCGAUCCAGCACUAAGAGAAAGACACAUUGGAGAUCUGCAGGGCAUGAAGUUUCAAGAUGCUGCUACAGAGAGGCCAGAGGCUUACAAAGCUUUUGUGUCCCACAAGAGAAACCAACCAAUUCCUGGUGGUGGAGAGAGUCUUGAUCAACUGUCAGAACGAUGUGUGUCCUGCUUGUACAACAUUGUUGAGAAACACAAAGGUGAGCGAGUGAUCGUUGUCUCGCACGGCGGCACCAUCAGGGAACUCUACCGGCACGCCAGCCCCACGAGGCCGCUCCACGGUAAGAUCCACAACACGUCGGUGAGCGUGAUCCUCGUGUCCGGCACCACCGGCCGCUGCAUCGUCAAGACGUGCGGAGACGUCAGUCACCUUCAGGAGGCCGGCGCCGGCGUCCUGGAGAACGCCUUCGGCGGCGAUAAGAACUCCGCCUGAUUGCUCUCCGGAUCCAGUCCCGGACCAUCUCGUGUGCUUGCCCGCGGCAUUUAUCACGUGCGGGGACGUCAGUCCUUUCAGCUGUACCAGUCAUCCUGUUCCUAUCAUUUGGCCGGGCGAUUGAUGGCGCCCGAUUCGGGAACGCUAGGGAAUUUCGCAGGAAUAGUUUUGGUUGCUCGCUGGACUUUU